CAUUUUCAUGUCAAAUCAACUGGGCACGGCCGUUGCGCAAGAAUCAACUACGAACGGCCCCUGCGCAAAGACUCGCGCCUUCGCAUUCAAGUUCAGAAAAUCGGAUCCUCUUCCUGUCCCAACUGUUAUCUACAGAUCGACCAAAAUACCCGAGUCAUAGCUCACAUCGAUAUUUGUUGCUUCUAGGAAGACUUACCGACCGCGGCAACCGCGCCAAAGUUCAGUUCGUGAGGCACACAUCUCCUCCGCCUCACCCUGUACGAGCUGCCUUUUUCAUGGUUUCCCGGCUUUCCGGAACUGAAGGAUGGCUUUCCCACUCUGCGGCAACUCUCGACUCUCUCUCAUGAAAAACCCUCAUUCUCCUCCUCAUUUAGGGACGAGAUUAGCACGACCGUACCAGUCUGUGAAAUCUCUUCCUGUACGUUUAUUUACAAUUGGAAAAAAAAGAUCCAAGGGUACCCAGCUGUUGGUGGAAGAAUACAUGGAGAAGCUCAAGUCCUAUUGCAGUGUUGAUGACAUUCAAUUAAAAUCAAAUCCUAAACAUACUAGUGAUGUGAAGGCCCAGAUAGAUGGGGAAGAUUUAAAAAUUAUGCACCACAUAAGAUCUGAUGACUGGGUAGUUGUGCUGGAUGAGAAUGGUUUGGAUAUUGGAUCUGAACAAAUGGCUGAGAUGGUGAGAGAGGCAGGAAAUACGGGUUCAUCUACACUAGUUUUCUGCAUAGGUGGCCCUUAUGGCCAUGGAGAAAAAUUGCGUAAACGUGCUGAUGUCACUAUACGCUUGUCCUCUAUGGUCUUAAAUCAUCAAAUUGCAUUGAUUGUACUUUUGGAGCAGAUUUACAGAGCAUGGACAAUUCUCAAAGGUCAAAAGUACCAUCAUUAGUGACUAAUGUGGGCUGGGUUUAACAGUCCAUGCUUCAGUUGUCCGCAUUGACGGUGUUCUUGCAAUACUCGAAUAGGAAUACUGCCUAAUUCAGUCGCUUUGAGGGAUUUAUUGAAGGGGAAUGUUGUUCAAGUUAUCUGGCACUCAUUCUUACCUACCAUAUGAAGAGUUAGCAGCAAUAGUCAGAGAUGCAACUGAAUUUCUUGCUCAGACCUCAUGAGUUCAAAUGAUAUAAAAAAUCUGGGUACAUGUAUUUUCCGAAUUCCUUUCUCAGACUUUUGGCUAACAUCAAGCAUGAAAGCUGUUGGUAUUCACCAUGAGAACUGUUCUCUCAUAUUUGCAGAUGAAUUGAUUGGUGAACAUGAUAAACUGGUGUAUCCAGGAGCAGAAGCCCUCUUGGUCAUGAUGCUUCUUGUCUCUUUUAUAUUGACUGAUCCAAUCCAGAAUAGGUACUGAGCUUGCUGACAUUUUGUGUGAUUCAUGUAUCUGAUGGCACAUCGCAUUCAUCAACUGACCAACUUUAUAUAAUAUAUAUCAUUUUUUGAAA